AUGGGUCUAAUGUUCUACGGAGAACCUGGUUGUGGAAAGACUUCAACGAUCAAGGCGAUUGCUGCCUAUACUGGACGUCAUCUCGUCGAAAUUCCACUUUCACGUAUUCGUACUUGUGAUGAACUCAAACGAGCCUUCUAUCUUAACUCAUAUGACACAAUCGAUUUAAACUUUUCGGAUAAAAUCAUCGUUUUUGAAGACAUCGAUUGCAUGAGUAAUGUCAUAAAACCUCGAUCGACGACAUCAUCAUCAUCAUCAUCCGAUUCAAUAACAUCCGAUGCCGAUAAUCUUAUCAUUCGUCUUCAACAAGAGGAUUUAGAUAAGCGUGAGAAGAAACUUUCAAAACAAUCUUUGCGAAAUUUAAUAGUUAGUGAUAGUUAUUCAAUUGUACAAGAUCCUCUUACGUUGUCUUUUUUGCUCAAUCUCAUCGAUGGAAUAAUCGAACAACCAUCGCGCAUUCUCAUCAUGACUACCAAUCAUCCCGAUCAGAUUGAUCCUGCUCUCAUUCGACCUGGACGCAUCGACUUCAAACAAGAAUUUAAACGUUGUUCGAAACCAAUUAUCAAAGAUAUGAUCGAACAUUUCUUUGAGAAGGAGUGCGAUGUCGAUGUUACUCAGCUUCACGAUUAUAUUUAUUCACCAGCUGAUGUUGUUUCAGCAUGCAUGUCAGCAACAGAUGGACAAUCUACUGUGGAAUUACUCAUGGUGCAACAGUCGAGAAAUAUCAACGUCAAGAUUGAACAGAAAAUCGUCUCUUGA